AUGCUGGAGACCAUCGAUGCGAGACGGUUUGAGAAUGAUGUGGAGUUUCCAGAUUUCCACACCCUCGUCUUCGUGCCUGGAGAUGCUUCCUCCUACAGCUUGGGUCCUCAGAGCACAGCAGAGAAUGAACCGCAAAUGCUGAAGUCCGGGGGCCCCCUACUGGUGGCAGAAGGUGACACACUCCUCCUCAGGUGUAUGGUGGCCAGCUCCCUGUGUAUGGAUGACAGGAUAAAAUGGAUCAUGGUGAGCACUCAGGACAAACAAGAGACUUACAACUUCCAGCAUGGCGUCUUCCCUGGGGUUAUACCCAUGAGCCAGCAAACGCUGGAGCCUCUGAGGUGCCAUUACUCCAUCCACAUCCUCAGUGUCACCAAGGAACAUGCUGGAACCUACCUGUGUAUGAGGCUCCCAGAAGACUCAGCAGGGAAGGUGGAUGGGGGCACCUGGUGCAGCCCAUUGGCUACAGCAAGUCAUGGGGCUCAACUCCUACUGCAAGGACUCCAAGUGGAGUCAGAACCUGGGGCUGGUGACCUGACAGCUGCAGUGACAUCCAUAUUUGUCUACGUCAUCUCUGCUGAGGAUGCUGGCACCUACUGCUGUGUAAAAUUCCAGAGGAAACCCAACAGGCAAUACCUGUCUGGUCAGGGCACCAAACAGAUGUCCUGA